AUGCCUAUCAUAUCAGGCGCGACAGAUACUCCUGCAGUUUCAACCCCUAGGCCACCAAGAUUCGAAAACUUUAGGCCUGUGAGAGAUUACCCAUAUGGAAUGCCAUCUACCGCCAUGGCAGGGCUUCAAAACAAUUCUUCCAUAUAUACUCAACCACAUAAUACAGUUAUUUCACCAAUUCAAAAUUCUGGAUCUGGCAUGAACCAUAUAGGUCGAAAUAACCAAUCACAAGGAAUCCCCACCCUACUACCUACCCUUACAACGAAUAAUCAGGAAGCCUUUAGACAACAAAUGGAUGCCAGUAACCAUGAUAUGGUAGGAAUUCUGGCCAGAGAAAUGAAUACCAUUUUCUCUCCCUUAAUACAGAAUGUGAAUAGGACUAAUACUGACAAUGCCCAAACAUACCAACAAUUGUCAGCACAGAUGGGACGCAUAGCAGAUUUUCUAGGCGCCCCACAACCUUCCAUUCGACGCAGGUCAAACCAGGUUAUAAUCCAAGGCGAAGAACCAACGAUAGAUCAGGUUCGACCACAAAGGCAAGCCCCUGACGAAAGAGUCACGGGGGCAAGAUUGGAACAACAGCCAAUUCGACGGGAAGCCCCUGAAGAAAAACCUAGGAGAGUGAUAAUGGUUAAUAGAGACCAGGAUGCAGACGAAGUAGUUCAUAGGGUCAGGCGGGAAAACAUGAUGGAAAAUGACCUAACCAGUAUGAUAGAGAGAAUCAUGGCCCAAAAUGGUCUAAACACAGGACUUCGACGGCCAAAUUAUUCUUCUCCUCUAUCAGAAUAUGUCCUGCAAACAGAAUUACCAAGGGGUUGUAAAAUCCCUAAGUUCACCAAAUUCUCAGGGGAUACUAGUGAAUCCACUAUAGAGCAUAUAGCCAGAUACAUGACUGAGGCAGGGGAUUUGGCGAACAGUGAGAACUUGAGGUUGAAAUAUUUCCCUAGUUCUUUAACAAAGAACGCCUUCACGUGGUUUAUAACUUUGCCACCAAAUUCCAUAGAUGCUUGGCCCCCGUUAGAAAGAUUGUUUCAUGAACAAUUCUACAUGGGCCAAACUAAGAUAAGCCUUAAGGAAUUAGCCAGCAUUAAGAGAAAAUUCAUCGAACCUAUAGAUGAUUAUCUGAAUAGGUUCCAUUUGUUGAAGUCUAGGUGCUUUACAGUAGUGCCUGGACACGAGUUGGUCGAAAUGGCCACUGGAGGUCUGGACCAUUCCAUCAGGAAAAAGUUAGAUACCCAACAUCUAAGAGACAUGGCCCAAUUAGCAGAUAGGGUUCGACAGGUCGAACACUUAAAAUCUAAAAAGGCCAGAGCAAAUAAGAAUUAUAAGAAAGAGAGGGUUGCUUAUGUCGAAUUCGAAGACGAAGAGUCUGAAAUUGCUGAAGACCCCUAUGGUCUUGAGGAAUUCGAAGUAGAUUUGGCAGAAUUAAAAGAAGCACCACCCUACGCCUGCAAAUUACUUACACCGUCGAAUGGCAGAAAUCCCGUCGAAACUGAAAAGAACGAUAGAUUUCCCAAAAAGACUUACACAUUUGAUGUUACCAAAUGUGACGAGAUCUUCGAUCUAUUAGUAAAAGACGGCCAAAUGAUAGUGCCUCCUAAUACCAAGAUUCCUCCGUUAGAACAACGAAAGAAACGAGGUUUAUGUAAAUAUCACAGUUUUUUGGGCCAUAAAACUUCACAAUGCUUUCUUUUCAGGGAUCUUAUUCAGAACACAAUCAGAGAUGGCCGCCUCAAGUUCGCCGACAAAGGAAAAAACCAGAUGAAAGUUGAUAUUGAUCCCUAUAACAUUGCUGAGACCAACUAUGCGGAGCCUGUCGAAAUCAACAUGGUUGACGUAAGGGAAGUGGAGGCUGUAAAAGCAACAGGAACUGGAGGCUACACGCUGGAUGGAAAGUAG